CAUUUUUUUUAUUGUUGUAAUGAAAAUUUCUAUUGUAAUUCUUGUGUUGUAUUUUUCUGCAGAGUUUGGCGUGUUUUCAUCAGAAUUAUUGAAAGUACACAAAUUUGUUGUUUAAAGAAGAGGCUGCGGCCUUCGGAGGCCUUGAUAUAGAAUUUCAGAAAAUUCCUGAUUAUUUGCUAUACUUUCGUCAAAAUGACCCGCGGUAAUCAACGAGAACUCGCAAGAGCCAAAAAUCAAAAGAAGGUACAAGAACAAUCAAAGGGAAAGCGAGGAGAUGGGUUGACGGUAGAACAACGGAAAUUUAGGGAUGCUGAGGUGAUGCGAGAAAAACAGCGAAAAAAAGAAGAAGAGGCUAAAGCAAAGCAAGCCCAGAGAUGCAAAUGAUACAUCUUGAUCGUAUGUGUAAAGGAUAAUAAUAAUUAAAUUUAUUUUCUGGAUUCAUUUGAUUGAUGAUGAAUUUUAUAUCAAACAAUAUAUUUUAUUAUCUUUACGUAUACUUUUCAACAGAAAUCCAUAUCAAAAUGUGAACAGAUUAUUAAAAACUGUACUACCAUGAUAAUGAACCAUGUUGAGUUUGUUGGAUAUUGCUGUACCUUUACUGAAUCAGUAUUUGAGCAAUUUAAUGUUUGAAUAUAUGUUGUGUAUCCUAAAUAAUUUAAUAAAGUAAAUAUACAGGA